ACGCGACUUACGCAUGGCCCUUGCUCAUUGGUCUAUUUAUAAACCACUUCGCUCAUCGUGCGCCUUGACGGCAGAUAUUUCUUCGUACUGGCCAUCAUCUUGAAGCGUUUCUCGUCGGGGUGCAGGGGUUGUGCUGUAUGAUAACGUGCUUAACAGAAUAGAGUGGAUACCGGUGGGAUUGCUUUUAUGUUAAUGAAUUAUGGCCCAGGAACACCAUUUGGAUGCCCUCGUCGUGGGUGCCGGUUUUGGUGGAAUUUACAUGCUCUAUUCCCUUCUCAAGGAGGGUCUGAAUGUUAAAGCCAUUGAUACAGCUGGUGAUGUCGGUGGUACUUGGUACUGGAAUCGAUAUCCCGGUGCCUUGAGCGAUACAUGGAGUCAUCUUUAUCGAUUCCUGUUUGACCACGAGUUCCUGCAAAGCUACCCCUGGAAGAAAUGGUAUCUCACCCAACCCGAGAUCAUGCAGUAUCUCCGCGACGUUGUGGAAAGAUACGACCUCCGCAAACACAUGCAGUUCAACACCAAGAUGCAACGGGCGGAAUGGAACGAUACGACCAAGACCUGGAAGGUUCAGUGCGAAACAGGCGACGUCUUCCAUGUGCGAUACCUCUUCUCGGCGCUUGGACUACUGGUUAAAGCCCAGUACCCCGAUAUCCCGGGGAUAGCCACAUUCAAGGGAGAGAUCAACCACACCUCAGCGUGGAACCCAAAUAUGGACCUCGAGAAUAAGCGUGUCGGUGUUGUCGGCGUUGGAUCAUCGGGUGUCCAGGUUGUGACGGCCAUCGCUGACAAGGUUAAAUCCCUUCAUGCAUUUAUCCGACGCCCGCAGUACAGUGUUCCCAGUGGGAACCGGGAGGUUACGCCGGAGGAACGUGCACUGGUCAACAAAAAUUAUCCAGCCCUUAUCGCAGAUGCCCGUACCUCCGUCUUUGCUAUGGGUACAACAGAGCCUAAAAGAACAUUCAUGUCACUGUCACCGGAAGACCGCGAGGAGCUACUCGAGCAGCUAUGGAAGACCGGAAAUGGCUUCCAGUUCAUGUUUGGUGGGUUCUCCGAUAUUGUCACGAAUGAAGCUGCGAAUGAGGGAGUAUGUCAGUUCCUGCGUAAGAAGAUCGCCAGUAUUGUCAAGGAUCCGCAAAAGCGAGACAUCCUGACACCGAAGGAACUCUAUGGACGUCGACCCCUGUGUGAUGGUGGAUUCUAUGAGAAGUUCAACAAGGAGAAUGUUUUUGCGGUGGAUAUCAAGAAGACUCCUAUUACGGAGGUUACACCCAACGGCAUCUGUACGGCCGAUGGCACGAUCCAUGAGCUCGAUGUUAUAAUCUUUGCGACCGGGUUCGAUGCUGUGGAUGGCACUUAUGCGAUGGUUGACAUUCGCGGCCGCGAUGGGAAAAACCUGUAUGAUCUGUGGAAACCAUCAGGCCCAAGCACUUAUGUAGGGAUGUCUGUGCAUGAUUUCCCAAAUCUUCUUCUAGUCAAUGGGCCGCACAUGGCUUUUGCCAAUAUUCCUACGUCAGCGGAGACUAACGUCGAAUUUAUUAUGGAUUUGGUCCGACGAGCCGAGGAGAUAUCGAAGCGAACGGGACGUCAGUGCGAAAUCGAAGCCUUAGCAGAGGCUGAGCGCGCAUGGACAGAACGCAGUCGGUCCUCAGUAGCGGGAACAAUGUUUGAAAAAGUUCCUUCUUGGAUAUUCGGACAUAAUGUCACUGGGAAGGCUGUGGGAGUAUCCUUCUAUUUUGGGGGGCUGGGGUCGUUUAGGGCCUAUUUGGCUGACAUAAAAGCUAAGGGCUUUGAAGGGUUCAAAAGUCCAUUAGGUCCCUCGACCAGAGAAACACGGCUAUAAGAUAGAAUUUGAUGCAUUAAGAAGGCAUGGAGGAUUAGUAGAGGGCACUACAGCUCAGUAUUUAGUAGCAAAGGGAGUGAAAGCAUUGAUGAA